AUGACUAUAUCAUAUGCCGGUGAAGUUCCCAAUGGUAGCAGUUUUGGAUGUUUCUGGCGGAUACUAUGCAAAUGGCGAGGAAGUGUAUAUAAGUUGGUUUGGCGCGAGCUGCUAGCAUACCUAACACUCUACUAUACUAUUAACUUAUUAUACCGUUUUGCUAUGACGGAAGAGCAACAGAGAAUAUUCGAGAAAGUGCGUCAAUACUUCGGCGCGCAGAGUGAGACGAUUCCAAUGUCGUUUGUCCUUGGCUUCUACGUCAGCCUGGUAGUGAAGCGGUGGUGGGAGCAGUACAAGCUGCUUCCAUGGCCAGACACACUGGCACUGUUUAUCUCCGCUGGAAUACCUGGUGCGAAGCCCACCCCAGGUGGUUUUAAAACAACUUUUAAGGAUGAAACUGGAAGGCUGAUGAGGAGGAAUAUUGUUAGAUACGCGAUAUUAGCUUAUGUGAUAACUCUUCAGAGGGUAUCCCUACGAGUAAAAAGACGAUUUCCAACUUGGCAACAUGUUGUGGAUUCUGGACUCAUGCUCGAAAGUGAGCGUAAAGUGUUCGAGAAAAUGGAUGGGAAGAGUCCCAUGUCAAAGUAUUGGAUGCCACUGGUUUGGGCAACGAAUAUCAUCAACAGGGCGAGAAAGGAGGGACUUAUAACAAGUGAUCACAUCGUUCAAACGCUGUUAGUAGAGCUUUCGGAUAUAAGACGUCGUCUGGGGGCCCUUAUUGGUUAUGAUACUGUAUGUGUACCACUGGUUUAUACGCAGGUCGUUACUUUGGCUCUAUACACGUACUUUGUAGCCGCACUUAUGGGCCGCCAGCUGAUUCCACCUGCCCCUGGAAGCACUUCAAAAUACGAACCUGACGUCUACUUUCCGUUAUUUACUGCUCUUCAGUUCUGUUUCUACGUGGGAUGGUUGAAAGUAGCCGAAGUUCUAAUUAAUCCUUUUGGUGAAGACGACGACGACAUUGAACUCAAUUGGUUGAUCGACCGACAUAUUAAAGCUGCCUACAUGAUCGUGGAUGAAAUGCACGAAGAACAUCCGGAACUUUUAAAAGACCAAUAUUGGGAAGAGGUGGUGCCCAAAGAUCUGCCUUAUACCGUUGCAUCGGAACACUACAGACGCCACGAACCCCCUUGUUCUGCUGACCACUACAAGGUGAAGGCUGAGGAUUCGGUUUACGCUAAUGUCAAUAUACCAAGGAAGAGCCAUGAUGAAACAUAUGCAGAUUAUGAAAGUGUGGAUACACCUAUAGUAGAGAGAAGAAAAAACUGGUUCCAACGACAAAUAUCUCGAGUGGAUUCUGUCCGAUCAGCAUCAACUGCAUAUUCUUCUGGUGGAUUAUUUGGACGAAACCGUCUUAACUCAGUUGUAUAUUCAAGUCCAGAAGCAGGGCAGACAUCUACGCCUACCACUUCCCACCAUAAAAUGUCUUUGUAUGAGAGACUGGUUGGACGCAAGUCGGGGAGAGGGCAACAUAGACAAAACUCAAAACAUGGCCAACGAAGCAAUGGUUCAGCUAUUCCCAUAACACUUAGAAAUAGGCCCCGUAUUCCAACUCCUGAAGUUACAAAGGAAGUAAUAGACAGAGAGAAUCAUCUCACGAUGGGGAUGCCGAAUAUGGGUGUUAUAAUGGCACAUCAGGGCUACCAAAACGAGGUGCCAGUGCUGGGUGCCUUAGUACUGUCACCUAUAGAAGAACUAGAUAGCGGAUCAGUAAACAACACGCUUCACGCUGGCCAGCCUGGGACCACUGCGCUGGCGCAAGCAGUACUAUCUCCGAAUUUAACUCAAGGACUACCCGCUAUGUUGAACGCUAAUAAUAUUGUAUCCUCGGUAACUCUAACACCUAUGAACGUCACUCAGUUGAGUGCAGUCGUCAUGUCCACUGCUCCAUCGACGCCCCAGGUCGAUCGAACCUCCACGCCACUAGCGUCUAGAGCCACCGUUGUAGAACUACCUUCUGACCGUGACAGCGAACACAGCGGAAAUGGCGCGCCCACGAACAUGAAAAGCAGCCUUAACGGUUCGAAACGCGGCGAAGUCUAUGUUUGA